AUGGUGAGCAUUUUAAUUGAGCAUACGUUGGAGUGCUUUCUAACCCUAUUUGGUACUGUGCAGGAUGACGAUCAAGAAGGCAAGCAAUGUCUGACCAGAAGAUUAGCCACAAUUGCAGGAACACGGGCAAGGGGAGAUCUAAACGGUUCAGGGCUGUGUUUGCAAGAGGGUGACUCCGUUAUUACAGUGCAGCUGACUGAGGAAGAUAAAGUUGAAGAUGAUGUAGUUUUUUACUUGGUCUUCACUGGGUCAACUGUCCAACACUGCACAAGCACGAGAAAGAUUAAUCCUGGGAGUCUGGAGACAAUUUCUCCUGGCCAUGACUGCUGUGAGACAGUGAAGGUGGCACUUUGUGCCUCUAGAGAAGGUCAUCCUGUUCUGGUUGUGGCAGAAGAGAGUUUCCAGUUUGUCCAGGAUGAAGCCUAUGAUGCCGCUCAGUUUCUGGCUACCUGUGCCGGCAACCAGCAGGCACUAAAUUUCACCCGAUUCUUGGACCGGUCGAGACCACCCGCUGCCGAUGUAGACUUCUUGGAUGAGAAAGUGGCUUUGGCGUUUCGACACCUGAAACUACCAGCAGAAUGGAACGUGCUGGGAGCGGACCAGUCGCUGACCGAGAACAUCCCUCGGGAAACACUGAUGCAUUUUGCGGUGAGGCUGGGUCUGCUGCGGCUAACGUGGUUUCUGCUCCAGCAGCCUGGUGGAAGAGGAGCUCUCAGCAUCCACAACAACGAAGGGGCAACGCCUGUGAGCUUGGCCUUGGAGAGGGGCUACCAGAAGCUGCACCAGCUUUUAACCGAUCACACUGUGAAAACAGCCAGCUCUCUUGCAGACUAUCUUGUAAAAUCGGAAUGUGCAAAUUCAUCCCAUAACUGCAUCAAAGUUCUCCAAGCCCUGCAAACAGAAAUCUGUGGAUGCUGGAAAUCGUGGACCCCUGUUUCAAUGGGUGGGAUGGUGGCAAAGCACCGUGUGACGAGCUCGGGGCUGGCCGGAGCGGUGGGAGCAGCGUGUGACACGGGGGCCGCCACGGCCCUUGCCCACGUCCUGGGAGAUGAUGUUCAUGUAAACAGGCCUGUGAGGAGGCGAACAAAGACAUUUGAGAAGAUUUGCAUCCCUCCUUGCCUGCAGAUUAACCUGCGCUUGUUUUAUUGCAGAGAGGAAGCCAGGGAACCGGACUCCUGGAGCACCUUGUCUCACACCGUGCACUCAGGGGACUACAGCGUGAAGCACCACCGCGGGCUAGAUGUUUACAUGCUGACGGCUGAAGCCAAGGAAGGGGUAGUGGCCAGCUUGGAGAGUGACAUUCGGCACCUUCAGAUGCACAUGCAGAGCCACCAGCACGUGAGUUUAAAGCAGCAGACAGAGCCUGUACUGGGAGAUUCUGGAGACAGCUGUGCUAAAGGAGCAGAGCCAGAUGGUCACCCAGCCACUACCUCUCAGAGCCUAGAAGAAAUGGCAAGAGAAGGAAGGCAGGAAAGUCCAUCUGAUCUUGUUCACCUGGACAUCGGGCAGCUCUCAGACCAAUCCCACCAGGAGGAGAAAUGCAACAGCAGGAGUUUGGGAGCUUUUAAUGAUGCGCCAAAUGACUUGCUGAGCCUGGGGGAUGCAAAGAGCCCAGAGUGCUCCUGUGAAAGUAAAAAUACAGUGACGUUGAGUAAAAAGGAAGAGGAGGGGCCAACCUCUGCUGAAGGCUCUGGAACUAUAUCAGAUGAGGAGGACUGCACAGUGAGCCUGUGUGCAAGUGUAAACGGUGCCGUAAAUCUUCCAUCCUGUGGAAAUACAAAUGAGGAAGCUGGAAUGACAUCUGCUGGAGUUGGUUUGGAUCAAGCCGGCUUGUGCAGUAAAGAUAGUCCCCGUCAGGAAGCACAAGCUGCCAAGGAGCGUGCAGCUGACAGUACUGUUACUGUGGUUGAAACUACAGGCGAAGCCCCAGCUUCAUUGGAGGGCGUGGAUGUGGCUAUGGGCCAAACUGAAUGCAGGAACUGUACAGGGGCGGCUGAGAGAGCUGCGGGCCAGCAGCAGGUAGAGGAUGGGAUGGCUGAGGCCGGUGAAAGGAGGACUGCAAACCUAGAAGAGCAAUCGCCAGCUAAGGAAGAGUCAGCCAGUGCUGCUCAGCCCUUACUCAGUGGUUUUAAUGGCACUGAGCAUGCAGAUGGGGAGGAUGCAAAUGCGGGAGUGGUACCAGCAUGUGACGGUACGAAUGCAGACGGUGGCACUGGCGAUAUCUCUGUUGACCUUUGCAAGACUGGCAAUAACAAAGAGACUGGAGCAGACUCAUGCACUGAGCAGGUAAACAGUGGCUUCUUGGAAAGCCAAGACAAUGCCUGUGUCGCAGCAAGGCAGGAUGUCACUGUGAGCGCCAGGGCAACAUUGCCAGCAGUUAACGGGGUGAAGGUUCCCACUUGCGCAUCAGAACCUGGUCCUGGUUUGGAAACGCAUGGCAGUGGUAAGAGCGGGGAGCGAGGAGGGCAGGUGGAAGCAGGUUGCCCAGAUGGGAAAUCCAGCUCUCCCCCACUGGAAGGCAGCGUGGAAACCGAUGACCAUGACGCCAAACCUGAAAACGAUGAUGUUGGUGGAUCUAAUCAAAGCAGUGCAGAACCUGUGUGUUGCCAGGAGAGCGGUAAGAUCACUGAACGUGCAGCUGAAGCAAUGGAGGGUAGCAAAGCCCGUGAAGACGAGCCAGUAGGAACUGAUACCAGCAGCAGCGGAGAUGGAGGAAGCGUAGAUUCUGCAGACGGAGGUCAGGAAGUUGCUGGCUGUCGCCCUUCUGCUGAUCAAACUGUUGUUAAAGAUGAAAUGGGAGACAGCUUCAAACCGGACGCUGCUCAAGAGAGCAAACAUGCGCCUGCAUCGCUCCCUCCAGAGGAUGCAAGCCCAUGCCUGGCAGAAAAACAGCCUGCACAAACAGAAGCAGAGAUAGCAGAAAGUGCUUUGGAGCAGGAGGGGCUGAGCGGUGAGAUGAAAUCACUCUCUCCCCUGCCCAGAGGAGAGGGACUGGCUGUGAGUCAGGAGGGAGAUGCUGCAGUGGCACCUCCCGGGCAGGAGGCAGCUCUGCAAGUGGCGGCAGCAGCAGCAGGCUCGGCGGAGCUCUCCCAGCAGCGUGGCGGGGAGCGUGGCAGCGUAGCUGCUGGAGCUGGCAGGCCUGGGGUCCGUGCGGGGGACGAGGGCUCUCCAGAGCAGAGCCUCUCGCAGCAGGCUGAAGGACGCAAAGCUGAGCCUGAGGCUUGUGCAAGUGGCAGAGAGCAGGUUUUGUCGGAGGAACUUCUUGCUGCUGUUGUGAAACCCUCAACCUGCAGUCAAGGGAGGCCUGUGGCAGGCAGCAGUGAUGUGGAUGCUGGGCUGAAAGGGACAGUCACUGCCGAAGAAGCGUGCAAGACCGGGGCAGAGGGUGCAGAAGGCGGCACCAUGCACAGACCUGCAUCAACAGGCGAGUCACUGGGUGCGGACAGCGACCCUUGUCCAGGUGCGGGGCUGAACCAAGAACAGGAUUCCAGUCAAAUCCAGCAGGAAAUCUCCCCACGCAGCAGCACGCCCGAAUUAAAGGAUGCUUCAGAAACGGGAGCCCUGAGUGAUGCCUGUGAGGAUAAGGAAGUGUUAAGGCCGGUGACAAUAACCCCCGUCACGGCGUAUCCGGAAGAGCAGGAGGACACGGAAAGCGUGCUUCCCCGGGCAGCGCUUCAGCCCAUCGCAGAAGAGCCCACGUGUGACAGCGACUCCAGCACGGACACCGUUUGUCUGGCCGGUGAGAGCGAUGCUGGUCCCAAUGCAAAAGCAGCUCAGGGGGAGGUCGUGGCUGAGCCCAAUGGAAGGCAAAGCCGAGCUAUACCCGAAUCAUCCUUCUCACCAUGUUCGUGCCGUUUACAUGCUGUUGAGUCACUGGAAAAUGCGGGAGUAAAGAGUUUGGUUUCGGCAGAUGAUGGCUCCUCUCUGGAUAAAGUUCCUAAAAUGGUAAAAAGUUUUGAUGCGGUGGUUUUUGCAGCAGAGACACCUUGUUCCCCUGAAUUAGCAGCUGCAGAAAAAGAGGGGCUUGAGUCCCAGGCUGCAGUGGAUGUGGGAGCCAGCCUUAAUGGAGAAAUGGAUUUAAGUUCCUUGACAAAGAGGAGGAACAUCAGCCCAGCAGUGAAACGAGCUGAGCCUGUUACAGGGAAGCUGGAAAUGAAAACUGAAGACGAGGUGGAUUUUCUGAAAGAUCAUGAUGAGGGCGCAGCCCACGAGGAAGCGGUUGCAGGGUUUGAGUCACCUUUGCCAGAGCUUGAGCUGGUGGUUACAAAGUGCCUCAUACAACCAGGGGACUUGGGUCACCUUGUGGGCUGGAAAAGACCUACAAACCCUUAA